GAAGGGUUUGUUUGUUGUACGGUCUCUCCUGUCUGAAUGGGACUGCUGUUUGGAGGCGCUACGUGUGGAGGGGGACCCACAGUGUGCAGAGACAGGUAGCUUCUCCGACGGCGCUGGCAGUCAGGCCCCGUACCUGGGCACGUCGGAGCGCUACGGCAAGCCCGGCAUCGGUGGCGUGGGCCCCCAGGGGCCUCCGGUGGCCCCUCCGAGCCCCACCAGCCUGGCCUGGGCCCAACACACGCGGCACCAGCCCGCCAGCCUGGCCCUGCGCAAGCAGGAGGAGGAGGAGAACAAGCGCUGCAAGGCCCUCUCCGACAGCUAUGAGCUCUCUACAGACCUGCAGGACAAGAAGGUGGAGAUGCUGGAGAGGAAGUAUGGCGGCUACUUCCUGAGCAGGCGUGCGGCGCGCACCAUCCAGACGGCGUUUCGCCAGUACCGCAUGAACAAGAACUUCGAGCGCCUGCGCAGCUCCGCCUCCGAGAGCCGCAUGACGCGCCGCAUCAUCCUCUCCAACAUGCGCCAGCAGUACUCCUUCGACGAGCGGCAGCCGCAGACGCAGAUGCAGAUGCAGAUGCAGGCGCAGCCUGGCACGCUCGACCAGGAGGGCGCCUCGUCGCCCGACGGCCAGGGAGACCGAGACGACUACACAAACAUGGACGACUCUUUCUCCAAACAGGUGAAGUCCCUGGCGGACUCCAUGGACGACACGCUCACGUGCCAGUCCGGUCGCGGCGACUCGCAGGAGGAGGGCGUGAGCGGGGCGGAGGGCGACGACUUCGGCGAGUGCGCGUGGAGCAGCGGCGGCAUCCCGUCGGUGUCGCGGCGCGGCGUGGGCAUGGGCGAGCGGGAGCGGCCGCACGGCGGCGGCCUGAGCAUGCACGAGGACAGCACGGCCACGUCCUACAGCGACGUCACGCUCUACAUGGACGACGGCAUGCCAUCCUCGCCGCUCUCCAUCGACCGCGCGCCCAGCAGCACCGACACAGAGUACUGGACGCCGGGCGGCGCCGGCAGCGGCAACAGCAACAGCCGACGGAGCACGCCGUGCACCGAGUGCCGCGACUACCGGCUGCGCGGGCCGCACCUGCCCGUGCUGACCAUCGAGCCGCCCAGCGACAGCUCGGUGGACAUGAGCGACCGCUCCGACCGCGGCUCCCUGAACAGGCAGAUGAUGUACGAGCAGGAGCCUCCUGGCGGCGGCGGCGGGGGAGGGGGAGUAGGAGUGGGAGUGGGAGUGGGAGUGGGAGUGGGAGUGGGUGGAGGUGUAGGUGUAGGUGUAGGGAUCGGGGGCUCGCCUCAGGGAACGCUCAAGCACAGCCCCGCCGCCCGCGCCAUGUCCUCCUGCACGGCGCAGGGUCAGACGCGCACCCAGCCCCCGCUCACCCCGAUGACCCCCCUCACCCCCCUCACCCCGCUCUCCACCACCUCCUCCCUGCCGCCGAUGAUCAUCCCCGGCGUCAUGGAGCAGCCCUGCUGCUCGGACGGCGACAACGACUCGCUCAACUCCACCACCAACUCCAACGAGACCAUCAACUGCAGCUCGGGCUCGUCGUCCAGGGACAGCCUGCGGGAGCCCAUGCCGCCGCUGGGCAAGCAGACCUACCAGCGGGAGAGCCGCCACAGCUGGGACUCGCCCGCCUUCAACAACGACGUGGUGCAGAGGAGGCAGUACCGCAUCGGCCUCAACCUCUUCAACAAGAAGCCGGAGAAGGGCAUCCAGUAUCUGAUCGAGAAGGGCUUUGUGUCGGACACGCCCGUGGGCAUUGCCCGAUUCAUCCUGGAGCGGAAAGGCCUCAGCCGGCAGAUGAUCGGAGAGUUCCUGGGCAACCGGCAGAAGCAGUUCAACAAGGAUGUGCUGGACUGUGUGCUGGAUGAGAUGGACUUCUCAGGGAUGGAUCUGGACGACGCUCUGAGGAAGUUCCAGGCUCAGAUCAAAGUCCAGGGGGAGGCCCAGAAGGUGGAGAGACUCGUCGAGGCUUUCAGCCAGCGGUACUGUGUCUGCAACCCAGUGCUGGUGCGACAGUUCCAGAACCCCGACACCAUCUUCAUUCUGGCGUUUGCCAUCAUCCUCCUCAACACGGACAUGUACAGCCCCAACGUCAAACCGGAGAGGAAGAUGAAGCUGGAGGACUUCAUCAAGAACUUGCGAGGUGUGGACAACGGUCAGGACAUUCCUCGAGAUCUGCUCGUUGGGAUCUACCAGCGCAUCCAAAAAUGGGAGCUGCGGACCAACGAUGACCACGUGUCUCAAGUGCAGGCUGUGGAGAGGGUGGUCGUGGAGAAGAAGCCUGUGCUGUCGCUGCCACAUCGCAGGCUGGUGUGCUGCUGUCAGCUGUACGAGGUUCCUGACCCCAAUCGACCCCAGAGGACUGGAGUUCACCAAAGGGAGGUGUUCCUCUUCAAUGACCUGCUGGUGGUGACCAAGAUCUUCCACAAGAAGAAGACCUUGGUGACGUACAGCUUCAGACAGUCCUUUCCCCUGGUGGAAAUGCAGGUUCACAUGUUCCAGAACUCCUAUUACCCUCACGGGAUUCGCCUGACGUCGGCCAUGCCGGGCAGCGAGAGGAAGGUUCUGAUCGUGUUCACGGCGCCGAGCCAGCAGGACCGCACGCGCUUCGUGAGCGACCUGCGCGAAAGCAUCGCCGAGGUGCAGGAGAUGGAGAAGUACCGCGUGGAGUCCGAGCUGGAGAAGCAGAAAGGCGGGAUGCGGCCUGGCCUUAUGAGCGAAGGAGGUGGUGGCGUGGGAGGAGGAGUCGGCGGCGUGGGGAUGAAGGGCGAGGCGGUGAACGGCACUCUGGGAAGGCCGAGCCUGGACGACACGUACGCCAGCACGGACGGGCUGAAGCGCACAGCCCUCAGCUCCUCCUUACGAGACCUCUCAGAGACAGGGAAACGAGGUCGCAGAAACAGCGUUGGCUCCUUGGAUAGUACCAUUGAAGGCUCGAUCAUCAGUAGCCCCCGGCCCCAUCAGCGCCUGCCCAUGUCCAGCUGCUACGGCCUGGACGACUACCGGCCUCACCGCCCCAUCCUGAGCCCCGGAGUAGGGGUGGGGGGUGGGCCGGGGCAACAACCACAACAGCCCCUCUCGUCUGGGGGCAACAACAACAACGGCGCCGGCGGCCUGUCCAGCAGCAGCAGCGGCGAGCGCGGGGCUGGUGGCUCGGGGACGGGCGCCAGUGGGGGGUCGGGCGGCAGCAGCUCGGCGUCCUUCCUGGGCUCCCUGUUUGGCAGCAAGCGCGCCAAGCAGCCGCAGCCGCCGCCGCCCCUGGUCCCGCCUGGGCCGCACUACCCGGCGCCUGUGCCGCCGCCUACCAGCGGGGGGCCUCCGCCGCUCUCGCCGUCCGCCCUCGGCCAGUCGGACCCCGGCGGGCCGUCCAAGCUGCAGGCGCUGCACGCGCAGUACUGCCACAGCAACAGUGGCGUGGUUGGCCAGCCGCCGCCGCCCUACCACCACCACCACCGCUACCACGUGCAGACCGUGCCCAUGGCCAGCGUGCCCUCCUGCUCGGCGCCGGGCAUGCACCACAGCGUGGCGCACCGCGGUUCCUUGCCCAGGCGGCCGCCGCUCGCGCCAAGCCACGCGCAGCUGCAGCAGCAGUACAACCAGCAGCAGAUGGCACAGCACGCUAUGCUCCAGCAGCAGCAGCAGCAGCAGGGGCGCUACGUCAAUAUGGGCAUGGGCCUUGGCAUGGGUAUGGGCAUGAGCUGCACCCCGCCGCCACUUUCGCCACACUCCCCGCUCUCGCCCGUGUCUCCGUUUCCGCUGUACCACGCGCACGGACACACACAUAUGCACGCGGCGCAUACGCAUUCCCACACCCCCCUGCACCCCACGCACUCGGUGCGCGGGCCCGGGCCGGGCCCCAAGAUGCCGCUGACGCUGUCGCACUCGCAGCCGCACCCGCACGCCCACUCGCACGCCGGGCACCCGCACAGCCACGGCCACCUAGCGGGCGCGGGCGGCAUGGGGGUCGGUGGCGGGUCUGGCAUGGGGGUCGGCGGAGUUAUCGUCGGCGGCGGCGGUGGACUGUCCCACAGCCCGCUGCCCAGCUCGCACCACCAGCAGCACUUUGUGUUCGCCGCGCCGCCACAGGCGCCGCCGUCGGCCAUCACGGCCCGCUACGUGCCCCAGUACCCGCACCCCUCCACCAUACCGCCUCCGCCCCCGCACUCGCCGCUUCCGCCGCCCUCGCCGCACACCCCGCUCACGCCACUCUCCCCGCACCCGCCGGGGGCAGGCCCUGGGGGGGCCGGGGGGGGCAUGGGCCCCGGCAGCAGCAGUGGGGGUGGGGGCAGCAACAGCAACAGCGGCACGGUGGGCAGCUCCAAGUCCAAGCCCGUCAACCGCAUCAGCACGGUGGUGUGAUGAGCGGACCCGCGUCAGGGGCCCAGGCGGCCCGAGGGCCGAGCGUGAGAGCCAGGGGCGGGGACGUGGUCCAGUUUAGGGGCGGCACCAUCACCCUGCAGCAGCCGGGGCCGCCGCCAACGCAGCAGCAGCAGCAGCGCAGGGGCAGUGGCGGAGCGGGCGGGAGGAAGAGGAGGAGGAAGAGGAGGCACAGUCUGAUGAGGCUCUGCUACUUUCACGUCCGCUGCCCGAGCGUAUAGCCGGAAAACCCUUGAGCCUUGCUCCGCCUCGCGACCAAGACCGACCUGCAUAAGCAUGCCUCAGCAUCAUCCAAGCCCCAUUUUUUGUUUUUUUUUGUUUUUGUUUUUGUUUUUGUGAGUGUUUGUUUUUGGAUAGCGCUUGUGCUUCAGCCGUAAAAGAAAAAGCGAGGACGAGACGCGCACGAACGUGCUUGCUGCCGCUGCCGCCACCACACACACACACAAACACGCAAAGCGAAAGCCAGCCCACGUUGCUUUUACCCAACGCGCAAUCAUGCUGAGGACAAACAAACAUAAGAGGAGUGUCAUGGACUAUAAGUACUGCUAAUCACAGUUCAGAACACGUCAACGAGUGCAUGAAAGAGAGAGAGAGAGAGAGAGAGAGAGAGAGAAAGAGAAAGAGAGGAACGGAUUAUGACAGAAGGUUGUCAGAGUGGAAGAAAGUAGCUGAGUGAGAAACCGGCAAGAUUCCACUCUGGCCCCAGAGUGUGUGUGUGUGUGUGUGUCAGAUCCCGGGUUGGAUCAGCCGUGAUUAGCGAAUACAGGUUCAUUUAGUGGUCUUAAAGGACUUAUGCAUAGUCGCACAUACUCAGAGACCACAGCUGUCAGAGCAUGGACAAGAGAGCGCAUGGCUUUUGCCAUUUGGAUUCAUCGGAUUCUUACAUUCAACACCUGCUGUGAUGUUGAUCAUCAUAUGACAAUCAUUUCAUCCCCCCACUCAAAGGACACAGAGAGCUUACGAAGCUGGCUGGUGUGGGCUUAAUUACGACCUUGAGAUGUCAAUGUCAUCAGCUGUUGUUCUGGCCAGGGCUAAUCAUUCCAGCCAAUGUUCUUUUGUCUAUUCUGAUUUACUUUGACUUGAGCCAUUUGGCAGACAUUUGAUUUUGCAAACAUGGUGGACACAUUUUCUUUUUGACGGAACUACUUCAAAGACUGUUCCUAACAACAUGUAAAAGGUCUAUUACCCACUCCUGCAAUUUUGAAGUGUCAAAUCCAAUGUAUAUGGUGGAGGGUUUGUUGAGGUAUUGCUGUAAGUCACUUCUCAAAUGCAAUAAGCAAGCCAUACUAACAUAAUGACAGAUUGAUAGUUUUGGUCAGACAAUGUUAUGAAGUUAUAAUAUGAAGUUUUAUAUCAGUGUUAUCGGUGGUGACAUGGCUGAGUUUCUCUCUUUCCUGUGUUGCACACACAGGAAGUAAACCGUUUUUAACUAAGUUGGAUUGUUUUGUUUUUAUCAAUGAUAUUGUGUUUUAAUUCGCUAUCAUUGUCCAAGGAAAGUUGACCCCAUCAGUUCUCAGUUCAAGUUCUGGUAUGUUGUUGGAGUGAGUUAGCAAUUAGAUACUGUGUGUACCGUAUUCCGUACAUACCCUUUAACUAAGACGUAAACUCACAGAUUAAUGCCAUUUUGCUGUUUGUCAUUGUACAUAGCCUUAGUGCCUAUAUGUUGAGCUAGAAACAUCAAUUAAUGGGCACUUUGUACAACAUCGUUCGGAGAGAUUACUGAAAAGGUUGUGAUGGAUAAUUUCAUUCCUAUACAAAUGAAAGUGUCAACGUCUGAUCAUGGUUAAUAUGUUAUUGUAAAAAAAUCCUAUCUUUUUUAAUGUGAAUGGAAAGUAACAUUGUUAUAGAUAUAUAAAUAUAAAUAUAAUAUGGACAGUUCUCUCAUGCAUUGAUUGUAAAUGAGAGUGAAAUGCAUAGUGUGGGAGAAAAAUGUUUUUGUUUUUUUGACUGCGACUGUAAAGGUAACCAUUGCAGACAUUAAUAUUGAUAUUAUCAGUGUAAUAGCUGUCACUAAUAUGGGCUGUUAUUGUUCCAGCAAAAUACAGUAAUGUUCUCUAGUUUUUAAAGAAUUUUUGAUUUGACUUAUUUUAGUAUUAUAAACUGUGCUUUGUUGUAUGCGGGCAGCGGAAGUGCUAAUCAUCAAGGGGUCACGUAUGUGAUGUGAUUGUGUGCUGUAAACUUUGCCUAGGCCGACAUUUCUUUUCUGACAUCAAAAAUGACUACCUGCUUCCUUAAGCGACACACCUUUUCAGCGGUGUCAUUUUUUCUUUUUCUUUUUAAACCUCCGCAACUAUUAACAGCCCCAUAAUAUCUAUCAGGGAGGUGGGGUGAAGUAGGUCUAACUGCUCUGGGUCUCUGCACACAUAUUAGGCCUAAUGCAUGCUGGUGUGUGUGCUGGUGUGUGUGCCACAGCAUGUGUUUUUACACACACACACACACACACACACACACACACACACACACAUACACAGACACACACACACACACACACAAACACACACAUACAUACAGUGACAAACACAGGUACAUACAUUCACUUUCUUUUACUUGCUGUCUCAUACAUACUGCACACACUAGCUUAUUUUCAGGAAUUCACUUUUGCUCUUCACACACACUAAUAUACACAACAUCACUUUAUCUCUGUUUCUGUCUCUGUCUCUCUCACACACACACACACACACACACACAACACACACACACACACACAUACACACACACACACGCAUACUGUAAAACAUUCUGCUCUUGGAGCCUUUACCCGACACGUUCGACAUGAUACGAGACAUGCUGCUUUAGUAGUUGUAGUUGUCUGGGGUUUAGUUGGCAGUGAGGCCUAUGGCCAUUCAUGUUUCAGAUGUACAGUAGUUCCCACAGCUCCCCCCUCGUCUUCCUUUGCUCACAAACUUGCUCUCUGCCAUUCAGGGAAUCACUAAAAUAUUUGAACCUCUGAAUACUGGACAUACUGUAGUCUUUGAACAGUAACAGUGUUUUAUAUAUUCACUGACACCAGGAGAGACAAGGUGCAGAGAAUUUGCUGAAUCAUUCCUAGAAAGCCUGACUAGGUGCCCCCCCCCCAGUCCCCAUCCACCUCCACCUCACACCACAUCUCUCUCUCUAACCUUGGUGUUUGUCCCCAAUCGCUCUAACUCCGCCUCCAGGACUUGUGUUGAAUAGUCGUGGAUAACAUGGCGCGUUUUGGAGCAGCAGACUAAUAACACGACGCUUCUGUAUGUCCACAAAGCUUUUAGGGACUUUAAGGAGCUCCAGUCCAGACGCUUUUGAGCUGUGUGCAUUGGCUGUCGUUGUCUUCGAUGGGAAAUGCCAGUGUGUGUGUUUGCGACCUUGUGACCCCCUCCGUCUCCUGUUGCAUGUCGAACCUGCACUGCGAUGAAUGAGCACUGUAUAAAAAGCUAAAUGUACAGAAUAAUCUCUCAACAUUACGGUAUAAAUACUCGACAUGUACUCGGGAAUGAACUGUACCUUAAAUAUGUCUCUGUAAACUUGCCAGGGAUGAUGAUGGGCCAAUGUCAGUCUGUUCAUAUUUACCAGAGACCUGGGGCUUGGGAGAAUGACCUGUAAUUGUAAAACUUGUACCAGUAUUUGUGUGCAUCUACAGAUGAGUUAUUAUUUUGAGACAACAAAUAUGUAUUGAAUUUAAUAUGUAUAUAUGUAUGAGGUUUCAAUGCAAAUUAUUCAGAGAAAUUAUACGUGAUUAUUUAUUGCUCUUAUAAAAUAUGUUCUUGCUGUUG